AUGGGGAUAUUGCAGGCCAAUAUUCGCAUGGUUUCAGUAUUAGUAGUUUUGCUGGUUCAUCUUUUGGUUAUUGCCGAGUCUUUGCAGAAGCAGGCAUCUUGCUCGGAUGAGGAGAGCUAUGCCUUGCUUCAAUUCAAGCAUAGCUUUUUUAUUAACAUAGAUGCUUCACUUCACGAUGGCGCUCAUUCAAAGACUUCAUCAUGGAAACCCGAAGGAGGAAAUAGCAGCUGCUGCUCAUGGGAGGGUGUUGAAUGUGAUGAAGGGACGGGUCAUGUGAUUGGCCUUGAUCUUAGUAGCAGUCUUCUCUUUGGCUCUAUCAACUCCAGCAGCACCCUCUUCCGUCUUGUUCAUCUUCAGAGGCUGAAUCUCUCUGAUAAUCACUUCAAUUACUCUCAAAUUCCUACUAACAUUAGAAAUUUUCCAAGGCUCAGGUAUCUCGACCUCUCUGGCUCUGUGUUUUUUGGUCAAGUCCCAUUGGAAGUUUCACACUUGUCCAAGUUGUCAUCCCUGGACCUUUCUGAUAACUUCCUUAAUGGUCCAUUUUCUGAUUCAUUAGCAAACCUUACUGAACUGACAUACUUGUCGCUUGAAAAUAACAAUUUCAAAGGAAGUACUUUGUCCUGGGUUGGUAAGCUAACAAAACUUACUCAAUUGCGUCUUGAAGGAACCAAUUUAAUUGGUAACAUCCCAUCUUCUCUAGGGAACCUCACACAGCUCACUUUUCUUGCUCUUCCUUACAAUCAGCUAACUGGUCCAAUCCCAUCUUCGCUACGUAACCUUGGCAGUCUAGCUUAUCUAGAUCUUGGAGUGAAUAAAUUCCAUAGUUCAAUUCCAGAACCAUUAUUCAAUCUUACGGAUCUCAAGACCCUUUAUCUAGAUGAAAAUGGCCUGACCGGUCAGGUAGACAUUUUCAAGGUACAAAAUAUGACCGUUCUCCAACUAGGUGGUAACAAACUGGAAGUGAUCACUGAUUCCAGAACUAUAGAUGCAACUAUACUUCCAAUGUUUAAGACACUAGGAUUGGGAUCCUGCGGCAUAAAAGAGUUCCCAUAUUUUCUAAGAUAUCAACAAAACUUGCAGUGGUUGGACCUUUCCAGAAAUACAUUGCAUGGUCAAGUACCCAAAUGGAUGUGGAACACAAGCACACAAAGUUUGGGGUUCUUGGCCCUUUCUUACAACUUCCUUUCGGGCUUUGGCCAACCAAAUGUUGUCCUUCCUUGGGUUAACCUACAAGUUUUAUUUGUUGGACAUAAUUUGCUAGGUGGAUCACCUCCCAUACCUCCAAAGCACAUCAUCUAUUAUUCACUCGACGGCAACAAACUCACCGGGGAACUUUCACCAUUAAUGUGCAAUCUAAGUACCCUUCAAUACCUUGAUUUGUCAAGUAACAAGUUGAGUGGCACCAUUCUGCCGUGUCUUGGUAACUUCAGCAAUGAUCUACAAGCUUUAAAUCUUCGAAGCAACUCUUUGCACGGCAUUCUUCCUCAAACAUACAGCAACACAAGCAACUUGAAGAUGCUUGAUGUCAGUUAUAACCAAUUGCUUGGGAAAAUACCGAGGUCACUGGCGAAUUGUGUGAAGCUUGAGUCUCUUGUUCUGUCAGUGAAUAAAUUCAGUGAUGUUUUCCCCUUUUGGUUGGGCAGUCUCCCUCAGCUGAAACUCUUGGCGAUGCACCACAAUGAGUUCUAUGGUGUGAUUGAAAAUACCAAAGAAAAUCUUCAUUUUUCUGAGUUGCGCAUUCUUGACCUGUCUUGCAAUAAAUUCAGAGGAGAGUUUCCCUCUGAAUACAUCUUUUCUGGCAAUGCCAUGAGAGGUAUAGUUCUAAGCCAACCCACAUAUAUGGAGGCGAGCUCAUAUCUUAAUAUCGGUCAUGCACAAUUAUUUUCUUAUCAGUUCGAAGUCACGAUCUCAAACAAAGGUGUCGAGAGAUACUACGAGAAUAUUCAAGAAGACCUCGGGGUGAUUGAUAUCUCAAGCAAUAAUUUCCAUGGAAAAAUUCCAGAAUUUAUUGGGAACUUGAAGGGGCUUCGCUUUGUCAAUAUUUCCAAUAACAUCUUCAACGGCAGCAUCCCAUCAUUCUUCAAAAAUUUGACAUUGGUUGAAGCAUUGGACCUUUCACAGAACCAGCUCUCAGGAGAGAUUCCUCAGCAACUAGCACAGCUUACAUCUCUUGCGUAUUUUAAUGUCUCCUGCAACAAUCUCACUGGUUCUAUACCGCAAGGGCACCAAUUUCAUACAUUCGAGAACACUUCAUUCGAGGGAAACCCGGGAUUGUGUGGAGACCCUUUGACAAAGAGAUGUGGGGACUCUAAUGCCCCACCUCAUCUACCACCUUCAAGCAGCAUUGAAGAAAAUGUUUCGGGAUCUGCUUUUGAAUUUGACUGGAAAUUUGUGUUGGCCGGAUUUGGAAGUGGGUUGCUGGUGGGAGUGGUACUUGCAGACGUGGCGAUCACACGGAGGCGUGAGUUGUUUCUUGACAUAGUUGGGACGAUGAUCAGACAAAUGAAAAGGAUCAGAAGGCAGAGGAUGUACUAA